AUGGAGCGACUCAACGCCGGGCGGAAGAGCCGCGACCCGUCGAAAGUGGCCGAGAUGCCAUUCAUUGUAUCCCGGGAUCUUGAAAAGGCCGACGCUACCACCAGAAAGCUCAUCCGCAGCCAUGUGAUGCAGGGCAAGAAGAAGAGGGUCCGUCCUCGCAAGAGCAUCCAAGUGCAGGCGGUUGUGAUACAGCCCAUCCCGAAGGCGGAAUCCGAAGCAACGCUGGCGGAGGAGAUGAGGCAUCGGUACACGAUAUCCCUGCCCAGACGCGUCGGCUCAGACCUCUCCUUCAUUGACUUUGCUGAUGACAUAGAGCUAUCAAUGCUUGAAAAGCGUCUGUAUCCGAUCCAAGGUGACGCCGCUGCCCUUCACAUCUCCGUCUACGCCGUUGAGGAUUUUAUGAACAAAGUGCUGCGGUAUAAUCGCGGUUCUAGCUAUAAUGCGAUGAUUCAUUACCAUAAAGGACUGCGGAUCCUUCGGGAGCGGCUCCUCGGCGAUGAUCAAGAGGCAAAAAUAGCUGACUCUACACUCGGAACGAUAUUGAAGCUUGCGAGUGCCGCGCAUUUCUGUGGGGACACACAAGCAGCUGUCCAGCAUAUGAGGGGUGUCCACCGGAUCGUAGAGAUCAGAGGCGGCUUGAAUGUCUUUGACGGGACGGAACUUCAGUUCGAGACUUGCAGGUAUGACCUGAGCAUUGCUCUACUGAGUGGAUUGAAGCCCUUCUUUUUCACUUCGGAGGAAUCAUUCAUUCCGUAUCCCGAAGAACUUCUGAUACUGGAUGACGAACACAAAGACUCGCCGGAGCACACGAGCUUUCUGUGCCAUGUACAGAAUGAUCUAGCACUGGCCUGGCGCGUGUUGAGGAGAUUUUGCUCACUGGCUAAUCUUGGAGUGCACACCCGCCGUCGGAUGCGUCCCGGGUUGAUCCUUGACACAAUGAAUUCGGUCAUGUACCGCCUCCUUCACAUGGAGUUUGCUGUCGAUUCAACUGAAGAGUGUAUACGGCUCGGUUUACUGGCAUUCUCCCAUCAUGUCUUUCUCCAGUGGCAUGAGAUUCGGCCAACCAGUUCUUACUUUUCUCACACUUACCGAAGCCAAAUUCUACAAUCAGACUCAUUUAAAAGAUUGUCACCUCAUCUCAUUGUUUGGUUUCUGAUGUUUGCAGCAAUCUCACUCUUCAAAUCGUCGGCAGAGAUGUGGCUCGAAGAUGCCCUACGGGAAUAUAUUGACAAGAGUGGUCUGAGAAAAUGGAAGGAUGUGCAAGAAAUGAUGAACUCAACCAUGUGGGUUGCAGCAUUGGAUGAGCAACCAGCGAGACGCAUUUUCAACUCAAUCCGGUCAACGAAGCCUAAAUGGCCAGUUCAGUCGCACUCAGGCGAUCUUCAGGCACGGGCCAGCCCAGACAAUCAUGGUCUCUAG